GUCCCGGACUUUUUGUUUCUGUAUAGAAACAAGGAAGCAAUGCAUUAUUCAGCAAGAGACUUUUACUGAAAAGUGUAAUCUAGGACCUCGCAGUUUUAGUUCCUCAUUGGUACAAGCUUCCUUCUCCAUCAUUGUCAAGCCACCAGGGGGGCGGUGCCGGAAUCGCCCGAGAUCUGACUGAGGCGGGCCUCCAACCAUGUGUUAUUGGUAGCCGACUUACAGGAUCGCUCUACGUCUCCCCACAGCCCACGUGUCUCAUUAGUGAAGGGAUGUGAGAGAACGAGCGCGUUGUUGUUGAACAUGUACAGCUACCGUCAGUUAUCGCUCACUGUAGUCGUGUAAUGACUCAUUAACGCUACUCACUCUAUUUAUUGGGGUGUAUGGAUCGACAAAGUUAAUACUACAUUGGUAUAGCUUGUUGAGUUUAUACAAUGAUUCGCAAUAGGAAAGAGGAUGUUUAUGUUUUCCUGUAGACCUGUUACUGCCGGUCCAACUGUUAACAUCACCUACUUGUUGGAUUGAGACAUGUGGUGAGCACUCUCUCAUGGAUCUAGGAGUACUCCUGAGCACCAUGGUAGAUGUAGAGAUCCUCCUGGCCGUGUGUCACCUCUGUGUGGCUUUCGAAUUAGGAAUUGCUCAAGACGACAGAGUGAUCGACGAAACACCUCUCACGGUCAAGGUCAUUUCAGGUUCCACCGCCAUCUUGCCAUGUUCUGUGGACCCCAAGUACACAGAAGGCUAUGCAGACCAGUACAGUGUAUUGUGGCAGAAUCCCAUACAGACUGUCAUAAGUGUCAAGGACAGAAGGGUUUUAACAGACAUGCGCAUUAGUGUUGAAAGGCCAUUUGUCAGCGACUGGAAUCUCCACAUCAGGAAUGUGUCCGUCACGGACAGUGGGGAAUACAAGUGUCAAAUAAAUACAGACCCAGUCAGAUCUAAAAGGGUCAAACUUGUGGUUCAAGUUCCUCCAAAUAUAAUUGAUUAUUCUGAUUCCGAUGAUGUGAAAGCAAGAACAGGUGAUAGCGUUGAGUUGAUGUGUAACGCCACCGGCAUCCCCACACCAACAAUCACCUGGUACAGGCUCAAUGUCUGGAGCACCAAGAAGAAGGAAAAGGUCGGCCACGAAGGGCAAGUACUGCUGAUUCGCAACAUAUCGCGCGUGUGUGCCGAUACCUAUGAAUGCGUGGCCAACAACACAGUGCCACCUGCCAGAACCAGACAGAUCAAGGUUACCGUCGAGUAUCCACCCGAAAUUCAUCUGUUUACGACACGGAUCGGACAACAACUACGGAGAGAAACGAUACUGGAAUGCAGGAUUACCGCCUCACCUCUUGGAGUGACCAUGUGGAAGAAGAACGGAGAACAACUUCAUCCCAAUUUUAAACACGAACUCGAUGUAUACAACGAAGGCCCACAAACAAUUACACUGAGCUUAAGGAUAGUGAAUAUUCAGAAGCAUGACUUUGGGGAAUAUGUAUGCGAAGCGUCCAAUAGCAUGGGAAGUGCCUCGGAAGUGAUGGAGCUGUACGAGGUAUAUCCCAUCACGACAACAACCACGCCACCUACAACAACACAGCUCAUCAGGCAAACCAUUUUCUUCAGCGGUGAAGGUGGGAAGGAAUACCCUCCCCCCAAAACAUGGCCUAAAGGUGACCGAGGAAAACAUAGGGAGGGAACGUUCCCUGGGAAAAAAGCACCCAAAAGUGGACCCACCGUCAAGAAGAAUCCCACAGGUGCUAGUCUUACGGGGGUAUAUAGCCCGGGUUCUAUGAAGUACGACAAUCAAGCAGGGAUACCCAACAUUCCAAGUACAGUUGUUUUUCUGUGUGUGAUGUACUCAAUUACACUGGUGCAAGCUAUGAACACGUUGUGACAUGUGUGCGAUUAUUAAAGGAUGUAUGUAUCUCAUGCAUUGGUUCGUACAAGUGGACCAAUUGGAAUGGAUUUGGAUAAGCAGUGAUUUGCCUUAUCCAUUUAUAAUUUCGCGGUGACAGAUAUUGCCAUCAACAUCCAUUGAAAGUCAUCCAUGUAAGGCACCUCUGCAAGAUUUGCGUGAAUCGUCACAUGUACAAGUAACGAGUACAAUAAAUUACAUUGGAAGUACCAUUCCAGCUACCAGAGAUCCUGUGAGGGGUUCAUCUUCAUCAUGCAUGGAAAUAGGGUUGAAUAUUUGAACAAGUGUUUUAAUAGUUAAACUAAUGCCGUGAAAACUGAAUAAAGUAGAAGCGUUCACACUUCUCCACUGGACCAUGCCCACACAACGGAUCAUCACAGGCCGUGUUAUAUAACUGUUAUUAAGUAGUCUCCCUUUGAGUCGAACAUAUGUAUCCUGUACAACGUGAGUGCAAGACGUCGAAUUUACCUCUUAUGGUAUGAUGAGAAACUGUGUUUAAACUCGGGCACAAGAGUUGAUAAUACACGUUGAAAUGCUAAUUUAUAGAAAUACUAAAAUCAAGAAUAUUGACAGUUGAUGUGGUUUUCAGAAUAUGAGUCUUGAAAUUAGAUGUUCACAAAUCAAUGUUAACUUUGCUCAUUCGUGAACAUUUAAAUUUAUUAAUGAUUGGCUGUAAAGUGUUUUGCAGCUAAGUUGACGAUUUAACAUUUAGUUAUGUGUACAUAAUUUACCAUCACAAUUCAAAGACAGUUAUAGCAAGGAUUGUUUGUUUUUUUAUAAUCAUUAUGCCAUUUUGGCUAUAAUGCGUCCUGUGUAUAGAUAUGUACAAUUUAUCUUGGUACCAUUAUAUUGCAUGAAAUCUACAACCACAUGUAUUAUGUUGAGCUGGUUUCGAUCGACGUGUAUAUUUGUUCAGUGAUAUCAGUCCCUUACAGGUGGUUUCCUUGAAUGAGAAUCCACAUGAAAUACUUCCAUUAUUGAAACGUAUUAAUUUUCUGUACAUUUUCCUCACUCAUUCGUCCUUCGAAAGUUGUGCGACAUACGCUCAUAUCUGGCUAUGAUUUCUAUUCAUUAAGUCAAUACACACACAUACGCUGAUGACAAAUAUUCAGUAUUCAGUGGAGUACUGCUGUAGAAUCAUUAGAUGCUUUUAGAUGUAUAUUAUGUAACAUAAGAAUUUCUUCAUAGCAUUUGACCUAAUGUGAAUAUGUGUUCUCUUUAGUUUUGGUUGUGACUGUCCUCAAUCACUGGCACACACACAAUACUGUAGCAGCCAUAGGUUCAUGCGUACCAUGCACAGAACUAAGUUGUAUUGAGGCGUUAAUCCGACUCCUCUGACUGGCAAUGUUUUUUCAUCAUGGUUGUGUAAUAGCUACUGAAUACACAUGCCGUGGCUUUGGACAUGUAAUCUUUAUGGUCUUGAUAGGUUAAUGCAGUAUGUUUCAUGGCAUUAAGCACAAUGGUGUAGAUACCUUCAUGGUACGUAUAUGAUUGUGGAAUGAUGUUCACAUAUGACAGCGUUUCGUCAGUCAAAACGCAAUCGUUCUCAUUGGUAACGGUGGGCAAUAUCCUGCUCCAUUGUGAGCCUCGUAACGUCAAUGUUAAAUCAUUCAGAAACUAAUCGCAAAAGGCCAAUGACGCUAACAUAUACAAUCAAGUAAUUAUUCACAAGAAGGUUAAUUACAUCCAUUUAAUUCUUAACCGAAAUCUUAAGUCUAUAGUAAGUCUGAUUCUUAAAUGUUUAGUCAUGGGUGUUCCAUUCUAAUAUUACCGCUUUAUGGUGCGUAUCAAUUCCAACAUGAUAAAUUAAACAUUGUUCAUAAUCCUUGUCGUACAUCAGUGUUAUCGAAGGUAUACUUCAUACUUAUAAAGUAGUUAUAUAUGUAGAUUGACUUCAUCUUCCUCACUGACCUGCUUAAUGAUCUUCUUACAAAGCCGUAUCAGGUACAAGCGUAACGCAGAUCUCUGCUUCCUGUGCAAUAUUAUGUGCUUAUCGUGUUGCCAUCUAUGUGUCAAAGAUUGUUCACAUGUACAUAUUAAUGUAUAGCUUUCUGUGCCAUUUUGUGCAAGUUGCAAAUUUUACAGAGUUUUUCCAUGGAUGUACAUAACAGGCAUGACAGAACAAUAAACUAUUUUGAUAAAAUA